GAUGCAAAGAAAGGAGUAAUUUUUGAAAGUUUUCCACCCGUACUACGAAUACAACUAAACCGGUUUGAAUAUGAUAUGCAAAAAAAUACUUCAGUUAAGAUAAAUGAUCGUUUUGAAUAUCCCAUGGAAACUGAUUUACAAAGCUAUUUAUCAUCAGAUAGCGAUAAGUCAAAACCUCAUAAUUAUUUACUUCAUGGAGUAAUUGUUCACUGUGGUAAUUCACAUGAAGGCAAUUAUUAUGCUUUAUUGAAACCAGAAAAGAGUGGCAAAUGGUUCAAAUUUGAUGAUGUUAAGGUUACACCUGUAACGGAUAAAGAAGUCCUUGAAGAGAAGAGUGCAUAUAUAUUGGUAUAUAUUCGUGAAUCUGAUAUCGACUUUGUACUAUCUCCGGUAAUUGCUAAAGAUAUACCAAACCAUAUUC